AUGAGUUGUCUCUUUGGUAGCAGUCUCGGCACAGAUACUUCAAACAACAUUAUGGAGCCUCAAAGUCAGAAUUUGAAGACAGCACCAUUCUUGACUUUAGGAAGAUUUCACAUUUCUGAAGAUUAUGGCUUUCUUCUCCCAAAUCCUCUGAGAGAACUCCCUGGUCACUAUCGUCCUUGGAUGGAAAUUGCCAACAGACUUCCCCAGUUAAUUGAGAACCAUCAGCUUCGAGCUCAAGUAAAUGAGAUGCCGCUCUUGAACUGCCAGUUCCUCACAGGUUACCGAGAGUGGCGCCUGGCACGCCUCGUCCUGAGCUUUAUCACCAUGGGGUAUGUCUGGCAGGACGGGGAGACGCAGCCCGAAGAGAUUCUGCCAAGAAACCUUGCCCUGCCCUUUGUCGAGGUCUCCAGGAACCUGGGGCUCCCUCCUAUCCUCGUUCACUCGGACUUGGUGCUGGCCAACUGGGCUACUAGGAACCCAGGAGGACCCCUGGAAAUCAGGAACUUGGAUACCAUUGUCUCAUUCCCUGGGGGAGAAAGCCUGCGUGGUUUUAUACUGGUGACCGUUUUGGUGGAGAAAGCAGCCGUGCCUGGGAUUAAGGCCCUGGUUCAGGCCGUGAACGCCAUCUUGCAGCCCAGCCCAGACUCCUUGCUUCAAGCCUUGCAGCAACUGAGGGUCUCCAUCCAGGACAUCACCGGAGCCUUGGGACAAAUGCACGAUUACGUAGAUCCAGACAUAUUUUAUGCAGUCAUCCGGAUCUUCCUCUCUGGAUGGAAGGAUAACCCAGCACUGCCUGUGGGCUUGGUAUACGAAGGUGUCUCCAAAGAGCCCCUGAGUUACUCUGGUGGAAGCGCUGCUCAGAGCACGAUACUGCAUGCCUUUGAUGAGUUCUUGGGCGUCCGUCACAGCAAGCAGAGUGCUGAGUUUCUGCACAGGAUGAGGGAUUACAUGCCUCCUUCGCACAGGGCCUUCGUAGAAGAAAUUCGCAUGGCUCCUUCCGUGAGGGCCCACGUCCUGUCCUCUGGGAACGGCCAGCUUCUGACGGCCUAUAACCAGUGUGUGGAGAGCCUGGCCGCGCUGCGCACCCACCACCUGGCCCUGGUGACCAAGUACCUCAUCACGGCCGCAUCCAAAGCAAAGGCCCGGAGGACCAGCCACCUCCCGAGGCCCCCUCGGGCCCUCGAGGCGAGGGGCACUGGGGGGACGGCCGUCGUGAGCUUCCUGAAGAGCGUCAGGGAUAAGACGCUGGAGGCACGGCUCCACCCGAGCGGCUAAGCGACCGCCCUCUCCCCGGAAACGCCAACCCAGCAAUGGCGGGAGGUCUCCCCUUGGCUUCCUCUGGCGGCACAGCGGGCGGGCCUGGAGAAUGGGGCCAAGGCUCCGUCUGGAAUAGUCUGAAAGGAACCUCAGUGCCGUUGUUCAUGUCCUUGCUCCCCAGAACACUGCCUUCUCCUUUACUGAGACCUGUUCUCAGAAGAGAG